AUGUAUCCAAUCAAGAGAGACCAACCAUUUUAUAGUAGUCUCAGAACAUUGAGAUUUUUUUUAGUUUAUCGCGAAUACUCACAGGAACCAUGGCAAAUAUUCUUAUCUUUGAUAAGUGUGGUAUUGAGUUGUAUGACAUUAACAAUGUUCAUCAUUAUCUGCAUUUUACAUGCUAGUUUAUCAAUUGAAGAAAAUAUUGGAGAAGAUAUCAGUGAAGAUUUAUCGUUUAUUGUUGGUGGCCUCGGCAUGAUGAUAACUAAUAUUCUAUUCAAGUUUCAUCGUAAGAAAUGGUCUAGACUUUUCGAAGACGUAACAAAUAUUGAUACAUUCGGAAAACCAGCUAAUUUUGACGGAGUGAAAAGUCAGUGCAUAUUCCUCUCUAAGCUUUAUACUAUAUAUUGCAUUAUAGGAACUAUUGUUUACACGUGUAUAAGUGUCUUAGAAUCAUCUUGUGAAGAUCCCAAUGAAGGAAUAGAACGCAAAUCAAUAUGCGGAACAUUAUCACCCAUAUGGCUACCUGUUGAAAACGUAUCUACAGCAACAAGGAAUUUAAUACUGUUGAUUCAAUACAUCCUCGGUAAUUACAUGGUAAUACCUCCAGCAAUCAUAGCUUUUUUAGUAUUCGAAACAACAGAAUUGCUCAUUUGUCAUAUUGGCUUCCUCAAAGAGAAUAUACUGGAAUCAUUUCAGUGUGAAAAAGAAGAGUUGGAAAGUAAUCGUUUGAGAUUUUGUAUUACCUAUCAUAAUCAUAUUCUGAGAAUGGCUAAUCAGCUGAAUUAUGUGGUGAAGUUUAACGUAGGUCACAUGUCCCUGAUAUGUGCAAUGGUGUUUGGAUGCCUCGGGAAUCAAAUAUUCAAAACUAAACCAGUAGGAGCCGCAAUAUUUCUUUUUGGCUACAUAGUAUCACUAUAUUUACUCUGUUAUGCUGGACAAAAAAUUACAAAUGAAAGUUUAUCAGUUGCUGAAGUUAUUUAUCAAUCAAAAUGGUACGAAGCCAACACACAAAUGAAGAAAAGUAUUCUAUUCUCUUUAGCAAGAUGUCAGAUUCCGCUCACACUGGAUGCGUGGCCACUUGGAAACUUUUGUUUUCCAUUGUUCAUGAUGAUUGUUAAAACUUCAUACUCAUAUCUAAUGCUACUACAACAAGCAAUUUGAAAGAAACCUGCAAUCCGAACGUACAACGAUGAAGAAAGUAGAAAUAUACCUGCACUAU